AGGGCGUGGGAUCAUAAAAGACGGCAUCAACAUGAAGACAAGGAGAAGAAAAGUAUCAAGAAAGAUAUCAAAAAAGUGGCCGGCAAAGCUCGUCUCGGCGAGCACGAGUUCAUUUCCCUGGAGUCAGUAAUGGCCGAGUUUAAACUCUCCAAUAACACACUUCGACGAAUGAUGUCACAUAUGAGUGACAACAUGGACCGAGGGCUUGAAAGCGGAUUACAAAAGUCAACUAUCGCCAUGUUGCCUUCUUUCGUGCCCGAGUUACCGGAUGGUACAGGUUCGUCCGCCCUUAUAAUUCACUUGACACCCAUUCGUCAUGAAUUCCGGGUAAUGCAAAAUUCAAAUUUUCAGUUAUUCGAUUACAUAGCCAAAGCGUUAGCCGAUUUCCUCAUCGAGAAAGAUUUGGCCGACGAAAACCUACCGGUCGGCUUCACGUUUUCUUAUCCAUGUGACCAGACCGGUCUUCGGAGCGCCACCUUGUUACGAUGGACAAAAGGAGUCACAGCGACUGGAGUAGUUGGCAAGGACGUUGUGAAGCUUCUGGAAGACGCCAUUGAACGAGAUGGA